UACCAGUUACGAAGACUAAAAAAAAAGAAAGAACAAAACCCCAGAUUUUUACUCCUCAAUCGAUUUGCCCCAAAUCCACAAUGACUUCAUUUCGAACCCUAACCCUAACCCAUUUUUCCCUUUUCGUCGUUCUCUUUUCUUCAGUGACCUACAAUGUAGCCUCCGACUCUGGCAGCGAUCGAAUUUCGGAGCUCCUAGACCUGCAAUCCCGAUCUAAAUCGGGGGUGAUCCACCUCGACGAUCACUCAGUCUCUCGCUUCCUCACAUCCGUCAAAACCCCAAGACCGUACUCGCUCCUCCUCUUCUUCGACGCCACACAGCUCCAUGACAAGCAGGAGCUCCACCUCAAGGACCUGCACAAGGAGUUCGCCAUUGUCGCCUCCUCCUUCAUCACCAACAAUCAAGACUCAUCUUCCCCUUCCCAUGCCAAGAUCUUCUUUUGCGACAUUGAGUUUAAAGAGGCUCAGAAUACCUUCGCAAGCUUUGGCGUCAAUGCCCUUCCUCAUAUCAGGCUCAUCGGGCCCAAUCACGGCCUCAAAGACUCAGACCAGAUGGAUCAGGGCGAUUUCUCCCGAUUGGCCGAAUCCAUGGCCGAAUUCAUCGAAUCGAGGACUAAGCUUGUUGUGGGUCCGAUCCAUCGGCCGCCAAUGUUUUCCAGGAAUCAGAUGAUUUUCGCCGUUAUCGCGUGGCUGAUUUGGUUGCCGUUUAUUGUGAAAAAGGUUGUCAGUGGGAAGACUCUGCUGCACGACCCAAAGCUUUGGUUGUCCGGCGCUGUUUUUGUUUACUUCUUCAGUGUAUCAGGAGCGAUGCAUAACAUAAUUCGGAAGAUGCCCAUGUUCUUGGCGGACCGAAACGACCCAAGCAAGCUGAUAUUUUUCUAUCAGGGCUCCGGGAUGCAGCUUGGAGCAGAGGGGUUUGCAGUUGGGUUUCUGUACACCAUUGUGGGGGUGUUACUGGCUUUGGUUACCCGCGGUCUUGUUCAUGUUCGGAAUUCGACGGUGCAGCGUUUGGUUAUGCUUGUUGCACUUUUCGUUUCAUUUUUGGCGGUAAAGAAGGUAGUCUACUUAGAUAACUGGAAGACCGGUUAUGGAGUUCACGCUUUCUGGCCCUCGAGUUGGCAGUAAGCUCAGAAAUGAUGUGAUUUCAAUUUGGACUACUAAGAAGGUGAUAGUUUUGGUUUAGUGAAAAAUGGAUAAAUUGGUAUUUACUUUUGAUAUUUUGAUAUGGUACUUGCUUAUAGAAACUAUGUAUCUUCAUAUUUCUUGGAAGAGAUUUACUUUUUGGUUAAAACUUGAAAAUUGUGUUAAGAAUACUUCUUCGGAGUUUGAUCUUGAA